AUGUCCUCUACGGAACGUUCGGCGGCAUGCUGGGCAAAUACAUCGAACAGAGCCAGCCGGACCAGCUGCCCCUGCGAUACGCAGGCCCGUUGGACUGUUUCCGCCGGUUUCUCAGUCCCACGGCGCCCUGGGCCUGUAGGCAUCAGCGUGCCGCUGGUUGGCGCCGCCGUCGAAACCAGCAGCCUGUUUGCCUUUGAAAGCGCAGGCCGCGAGAUGCUGUACGCGUCUGGACUGGCGUCUCGAGACGACAGACUGCCCGCGCUCCUGGCCACCGGCGCCUUCGCGGGCGCCCUCGCCUCCUUUGUCCUUAACCCCUGUCGAGCUGGUCAAGUGCCGGAUUCAAGCGCCCACCUCGGCAGAUCGAGUCCACACGGCCCCCUAUGCGUCAUCCGGGACGUCUUUCGCAACAAGGGCCUGCUCGGCUUCUGGCACGACCAAAUGGGCACUCUGAUCAGAGAGACGGGCGGCGGCGCGGCUUGGUUCGGCGCCAAAGAGGCCGUGACUGCCAUGUUGUACUCCCGGGCACAGUAUGCUGCCUCGCCGUCGCAGAGGGGGGAUAAUAUUCUGCGCAGGCCGCUGCCGCUGUGGCAGCAGGCUGUUGCUGGCGCCUCGGCCGGCGUCUCCUACAACCUCUUGUUCUUCCCCGCCGACCAGACACCAUCAAGUUCCGGGUGCAGACGCGGGCAGUAG